AUGUUGGCGGAUCGUUCCAAAUGUCAACGUUCCACGGGUGUAUUAUAAUGCUUAGAUUCUUUCUUCCUCCACUUAAAAAUCCAUCCGCAGCCCCACUUUGUUCAACGACCAAAGCCCAAAAGAAAAGAGGAGGAGGAGGAAGAGAAGAUUGCAGUGAGAGAUGAAGCUGGUUUGGUGCCCUGAGACUGCCUCCAAGGCCUACAUCGACGCAGUCACGGCCCUCGCCGAUCGGAACCUCGAGGAGAUCAACGUCGCCGAGCUGGUCUCCGCCAUGGCUGGGGGUUGGAAAGCGCAGCUCAUCGUGGAAGCAUGGGCUCGCGAUGCCGGCGCCGCCACCGGCGUCGGGCUCCGAGCUGCCGCCAAGCACGGGCGAGGCCGCCACGUGUGCGUCGUUCCCGGAGAGCAGUCGGCGGCGGAGUACGUCGACGCGAUGCGACGGGCGGGAGCUGCGGUGGAGGCGGAGUCGGUGGUGGUGGGGGAGGCGGAAGAGGUGAUGCGGGAACUGGAGGGGGUGGACCUGAUGGUGGUGGACUGCCGGCGGAGGGACGCGGGGCGGGUGCUGAGAGAGGCGCGGCCGGGGCCGAGGGGGAUGGUGGUGGUGUGCAAGGGGGCGGGCCGGCGGCGGGGCGGGGCUGCCGUGGCGCUCGGCGCGGGGACGAGGGUGGUGCGGUCGACGUACCUGCCGGUGGGGUGCGGCGUGGAGGUGUUGCACGUGGGCGUCGGAAACGGGCCGAGCUUGGGUGGCCGCGGAGGCCGGUGGAUUAGACACGUGGAUCGUGACACCAAGGAGGAGCACGUGUUCCGCCGGCGGUGA